AUGAGUCCCGUCAUGGAUCACGUUCCAAAACAAGCUGGCUCCCCUGCUGCUAUACCCUUCACAACUAAAGAUACUACUGUCGAGGUGAUAUGCCAUGCAGUCAAAUCAGAAUCGGACUCGGAAAGGAGCACUGCAGGGUCAACCACAUCCAGCAGCGAAAUCGUCACACGGCGGUUGUCUGUGGAAGAAUCUAGCGGAGCUAUCACGUCAGUGUUGCAUUUCAACGUUGGCACGCAGCCUCGUCACCAUGAUGGCAAACAUGUCCUUAUGCCAGAGCUGCAGGUAUCUUGGGCAAUUUUUCUUUCGCAGUACCAUUUCAUAGAGGACGUGACCUUUGCUAUUCAAGACCUUGGGAAGGAAGCUGCAGGCCAACAGGCCACGCAUUUGAUCUCAUUGCGCUUGACAUCAGAAGACACAAUCCUGUCCUUGUUUGAGCAGUUGGAAAGAUCCUCUGAACGCAAAGUAACGCCUGACAUACUCACCACCGUACCGAAUACCCCGUCUCACUCGCUGUUGAGUAUCCUCCGAAUCGCAGCCCCAGGCACCGAUAUCGAACCACUGCUAUCAUCAUCUAGUCCCGGUAUAUCCCCAUACGAUGUCAGUUUCCUAUGCACUCCUACUCCCCAAGGCUUCACUAUCCACGCCAAGUGUAAUGCCCGGGCCAUGAGCAAAGCCCAGCUCGACAGCUCGCUGCACAAGACAAGGCAUUUGUAUACCCAAAUUCGAGAACACCGCCCGCAUCGUAUACAGGAUAUUUCGCCAAGCCCCCAAGACUGGUCCCUGAUCCAGUCAUUGGACGGUGCAAUUCCAGAGGAUAUGCAACUCUGCGCCCACGAGAUCAUCCACGUAAAUGCCCUGCUACACCCGGAGGCGCCAGCCGUCGCCGCAUGGGAUGCCGGCUUCUCAUAUCGCGAGCUCGACACGCAUGCGGCACAGCUAGCGGUGCAAUUAUCAAGCUGUGGUGUCAGCUCGGGGACCUUUAUCCCGCUGCUUUUCCACAAGACGCGGUGGACUACUGUUGCUAUGCUGGGCGUGCUCAAAGCAGGCGGUGCAUUUGUCCUGAUGGACCCGUCGCACCCUGUGGAUCGACUACGUGGUAUUUGCUUGAGCGCAGAGGCGGUGGCCAUCGUUGCCUCUGCUGCGAAUGCGGACGUCGCCACAAAGCUGUGUCAGACCGUUGUUGUGGUCGGCGAUGACGACGAUGACGGCGGUGGAGAAAAGUGGAAAUGUGCCCGACAAGCUAUGCAGAUAUGCAAAGCUGGCCCGUUAGACCCAAUGUAUGCACAGUUUACAUCCGGGUCGACAGGAACACCAAAGGGGGCCGUGGUCUCGCACAACGCCUGGCUGUCGGCGAUCAUCCCCGCGUUAUCACCGUUAGGGCUGGAUUGCAGGUCUCGGAUGCUGCAGUUUGCGGCGUAUGCAUUUGAUAGUGCCAUUGCUGAGACUUUAUGGACGUUGGUUGCCGGGGGAUGUGUUUGCGUUCCCUCGGAAAAACACCGUCAGGGGCAUCUGAUGCAGGCGAUGGAAGAGCUCGAGGUCAAUAUAGCUAUUCUCACACCAUCGGUUGCACGAUCGCUGGAUCCGACGCGUGUCCCUUCCCUGAAGAGGCUCUUAUUCUGUGGAGAAGCGAUGAAGACAUCGGACAUUGAGCUCUGGAGGCCGCACGUGGAUCUUAUGAACGGCUAUGGACCGGCUGAAUGCGCUAUCAUGGCCACCAUCUGCGCCGGAGUCAAUGAGGUCAACGAUAUUGGCCGCUGCCUUGGGGGCGUGCCUUGGAUUGUGGAUCCAACGGACUCUGAUCGGCUUGUUAGUUUGGGCGCUGUUGGUGAAUUGCUUAUAGAAGGCCCGCUGGUAGGGAUGGGCUAUCUCAAUGAGCCCGAGAAGACCGCAGCGGCCUUUAUCGACCAGCCCGUCUGGCUCAAGCAAUUGCGUGGCAAGGCUACCCGGGUUUAUAAGACUGGAGACCUUGUCCGAUACUCGCCAGCGGGAUCGCUGCAAUACGUUGGCCGGAAAGACACGCAGGUCAAGAUCCAUGGGCAGCGUAUUGAGCUCAGCGAGGUAGAAUCUCACGUGCAGGAACUGUUUCCGGACAUGCAGGCGGUUGUUGCAGAGGUCAUUACCCCCCGAUCUGCGCCAUUAGCGCCCAUUUUGACUGCAUUUCUGCUGCCCGCCGGGGCCUGUCCGUCUCAGGAUGAAUGGGGACCGUUUGGCAGGCCGACAGAGCGUUUUGCGCAGCAGAUACACGCAGGCCGUGGAGUCUUGCAAGCUGCUCUGCCCCAGUACAUGAUCCCUGCUUUGUUCAUACCCCUGGUGUAUCUCCCACUCUCGCUGUCUGGAAAGCUGGAUCGACGGAUGCUCCGAGAGGCGGCGUCUCAAUUAUCUCGACCUGAACUCGAGUCGUUGUCAUCCCUGGGUGUUCCCUGUGCUAUAAAGCAGCCGGUCGUCUCCGACGCAGAGAAAACCCUCCAAGCCCUUUUCGCCCAUAUCCUGGACAUCCAGGCUGCUGAGAUUGGGGCAGAUGAUGACUUUCUGCGGUUGGGAGGGAACUCCAUCUCCGCCAUGACCGUGGUAGCACCCGCGACAGAACGUGGCAUCUCCUUGUCCGUUGCGGAUCUUGUUUCUGGCAAGACCCUGCGCGAGCUCGCUGCAGGGUCCAACCAGCCGAUGGUGGCUCUGAAAGCAGAUAUCCCCCCAUUUGCUUUACUCCCCGUUGGGAUCUCCCGCGAUGGGAUCCUCGCGCUUAUAGCAACAGAUUGCCAUAUUGGUAUCGAGCAGAUUGAGGAUGUAUAUCCUUGUACGCCACUACAGGAAGGCUUCAUGGCAAUGGGCUCGCGGGAGACCGGGAAGUACAUCGCAACGUACACCCAUCACCUGGCCGGCGAAAUCGAUCUAGAGAGAUUCCACGCAGCGAUCAACGCCGCAGUCAGUGCCAAUCCUAUCUUACGAACCCGGGUCAUCUACGCGGACGACCGUCUCUACCAGGUGGUCGUGCAGGAACCAGUCGCCUGGGACGUCUACGAUACCUACGAGGCCUACGAGCGCCACGCAACCCGCAUGAACAUGGGUCUGAACGAACGUUUGAUGCAUCUCGGGGUUGUCCUCCCUCAGUUCCCCGGUCAAGUGUGUGUCCUGCAUGUCCAGAUCCACCAUGCGCUUCACGACGCGUGGUCCAUCAACGAACUAUGGAACCAGGUGGAGCGGGCAUAUCGCGGGGGUACCUUGCCCUCCCGGCCCUACAGCUGCUUUAUACACUACUGUCUCUCCCAAUCUGCCGAGCCCACCGUGGCGGAAGAGGUCUGGCGUGCUCAGUUCCGCGGCCUCGAAGCUGCGAGCUUUCCGCCCCUCCCCUCGUCAACCUAUGUACCGCGUCCGGACCAGGUGCUCAAGAGCAGCCUGACCACGCCGCCGACUACAAUCCUUGCCCGACACACCAUCUCCACCGCCAUCCGUCUGGCAUGGGCCAUGACGAUAGCCACACUGGCCGACUCGGACGACGUUGUGUUCGGGGUCACCGUCAACGGCCGAAGUGCACCCGUCGCCUCGAUCGAAAAUGUCUCGGGUCCAACAAUCGCAACAGUCCCCCUCCGAGUAUCGAUCGACGACACCAAGCCGAUCACAGAUCUCUUAACGAGCGUGCAGGAGACUACACUCAGCAUCACUCACCAUGAACAGUACGGGCUGCAGCGCAUCCGCACUGCCAGUCCCGAGGCAGCGGUUGCGUGUCAGUUUCAGUCGCACCUAGGCGUGCAGCCGCCGCCGUCGGUGGCUCCCCAGUCUGGCCAGCUGGUCUCGAGAGUGCAUAGUAAGGAUAUUGACUACACGGCGUUUGCAAGCUACGCAUGGGUCAUCCUCUGCCAUUUGCGAGACAGCAAGGGCAGUGCCAUGGACAUCUCAGUGAACUACGACUCCAGGCUGUUCGAUUCCCGCGAGGCCGGGCAGAUUGUUUCGCUUUUUGAAUACAAUCUCUCUGCAAUCCUCGCCCACACGGAAAAGCCGUUGUGCAAAAUCCCACGGGCCAGUCCUAGUGACUGGGAUAAGCUCAGUGUGUGGAAUGGCAAUCUUCCAGCACCUGUCGAGUCGUCUGUUCACGAUCUGGUCCUGCGACAUGCGGCCAUCGACCCCGACAAUCUCGCGGUGGAAGCGUGGGACGGAUCUUGGACAUACGCAGACCUUGCUAUACAGUCCCACCGACUUGCCCAGGCUUUGCUCCAGGGGAAUCAGCUCCGACCAGGACAAAGUAUGGUCCCAGUAUGCAUGUCCAAGUCAAAGUGGGUGCCCGUCGCAAUGCUGGCAGUGCUGCGCACUGGUGCAGCAGUGGUCUGCAUCGACCCAAAGCACCCCCCUGAUCGAAUUAGCCAGAUCCUCCGCCAGGUGAAUCCCUCCGUGGCACUGGCCUCCGCGGGAAACGACACGGAGGCCUUCCGCGCGGCAGGGGUUGCGGUCUUGGAGGUAGCGUCCAUGAAAAGCAGGCAGAAUACUACUGGUCGUGAAGACAAUACGACCUCGCAGCUCCCAGUCGUGGCACCCUCAGAUGCUGCGUUCAUCGUCUUCACGUCCGGCUCGACUGGCCAGCCCAAGGGUAUCAUCAUGGAGCACCGCAACAUCAGCACCAGCAUCGCACAUCACAGCGGGCCGAUGAAAACACGCCGCGCAACCAAGGGGUUACACUUCGCCUCAUACGCCUUUGACUCCGCCAUCUAUGAGAUCUUCACCCUGCUGGUGAGCGGCGCCUGUGUCUGUAUCCCGUCCGAGGAAACCCGCACGAACAGGAUUGAAAGUUUCAUCCAGCGUCACGCCGUGGAGUGGGCUGUGUUCAGCCCGUCCAUGUUCAAGAUCCUGGAUCCAGACCAGGUGCCGUCCUUGCGAACGGUGACGCUCGGCGGCGAAGCAGUCUCCCGGGACAUUGUGGCGCAAUGGGCCCCCCGGCUGCAGCUGAUCAAUGGGUAUGGACCUGCCGAAGCCACCAUCUGCGCUGCAGGGCGGCUUCCAGCCCAGGGUUGGACGGUUGGCACGAUUGGUCCGGUGGUCGGUGGUGUCGGGUGGGUUACGAAGCCCUCGGACCCGGAGUGUCUGCUGCCUGUUGGUGCUGCUGGCGAGCUUCUGAUCGAAGGGGCGGUGGUGACGCGCGGAUACCUUGGACGUCCGGACCUGACGGCGGAGAAGUACAUCGCCGCCCCGGCGUGGCUGCGUGAGUUCCGACACCGGCACGCGGCCACCCCCGGGCGAGUUUUCCGCACGGGAGAUCUAGUGACCCUGUCGCUGGACGGUGAGAUCCGGUUUCUGGGUCGGAAGGACACGCAGGUGAAGUUGCGCGGGCAGCGAAUUGAGCUCGCCGAGGUGGAGUUCCAUGCUGGGCAAUGCUUGGGCGGCGUGGACGUUGCAGCGGAGACGGUCCAGAUGCCGGACUCCAAGGGCGGUUCGGCUGCUCUGGUUGUCUUUGUGGUGGAUCACACCAUGGAGGCUGGUGUUGAGCUGGUUGGCGGCCUCUUCUCACCUCCUACUCCGACCUUCCGGGCGAGCAUCCGCGCGGCCGAGGCGGCCCUGCGAGAUGUGGUCCCUGGGUACAUGGUUCCCUCGGUUUUUCUGCCCGUCUCUAAGAUGCCGUUGACGCCCAGCGAGAAGGUGGAUCGCAAGCGGCUCCGGGAAGCCGUGUCCCGUCUGACACGGGAGGAUAUCAAUGCGUAUAGCAGCUCCGAGGCUCUCCUGCCACUACAUCCAGACGGUGGAACGCAGGCCCCGCGAACAGACAUGGAAGGCCGGCUGCACGCGAUCUGGGCCGAGGUCCUCCGCAAGGAAAGCGGCAUGCUGGGGUCCGAGGAUGAUUUUUUCCAGCUGGGAGGUGACUCAAUUACUGCCAUGCAGAUGGCCUCGAGAUGCACCCGGGUUGGCAUUCCCCUGACCGUGGCCGCCAUAUUCCAGCACCGGAACAUUGCCUGUCUUGCGGCUGAGCUCGAGAGGACCGCAGAGACCGUGGCCAUGGAUCAUACACGCCACCGAGCCGAAGUGGAGGAAGAUGUUGUGUUCGACCUGUCGCCCAUCCAGCAGUUAUUCUUUGACAAGGUGGGCCGCCACGUCCACCAUUUCAACCAAGCCCUGUUCUUGAAUCUGCGCCAUCCGGUCUCUUCAGUUUCUAUGCGGGAGGCUCUCCACUGGGUGGUUGAGAAGCAUGCCAUGCUGCGUGCGAGGUUUACCCAGGACCCGACCACCCGGACCUGGGCACAGGUCAUAUCCAACGACAUCCCAGGUAGCUGUCGACUGCGGCUGCACACGGAUGUCUCCGAGCGCGACUGGCAGAAUCUCUGUGACUACAGCCAGAAGUCUCUCAACAUCGAGACGGGCCCAUUGAUGGCGGCAGAUCUGUUCCACAUGGCAGAUGGAACCCAGGCUCUGUCGCUGAUCGCGCAUCACCUUGUCGUCGACAACGUCUCGUGGUUUCUCGUCCUGGAUGACCUCGAGAUGUUCUUCACCUCUGGAUCUGCCCCGACCGCGCAGGACGCGAUAUCGGUGCCCUUCCAAGCCUGGUGCCGGAUUCAGCGCGAGCGUUGCCAGAGCCUCCCCCUGGCCCCCGACCUGGAUGCGGUGACCCCGAGCAUGGCGGACUACUGGGGUGUCAAGGAGAAACCCAACUGCGUGAGGGACGUCCAAGAGGCAAGCUUUACCCUGGAUCCUCAGUCCACGGCGUCGCUCCUCGACGCAGCAAAUCAGGCCUUUCGAACUCGGCCGGUGGAGCUUCUCCAUGCAGCGCUCCUGUACUCGUUCGGCCAGACAUUCCCGGAUCGAUCUCCGCCCACCAUCUUCAGCGAGGGACACGGGCGUGACGCCCCGGAUCUGGCGGGGGACUUGACAGGCACGGUGGGCUGGUUCACGGACAUCUGGCCGGCCGCCGGCCUGAUCCAGCGCGGGGACUCCAUGGGCGAGUGCAUCCGAAAAGUAAAAGACGGUCGACGACACGCACAGGAGACCUACCAGGGCCGGUGGCUCCCAAAUCGAUGUCGUCGCUCCCGAGAUCCCGCCCACGACAUCGAGGUCCUCUUUAACUACAGCGGGUCGUCGCAUCAGGUCCAGCAGCCUGACUCGUUCUUCCAACGGCAGCCUCUCCCAGACCACGAAUUGUCCACUCUGGGGAGGGAUGCCGGGCGCUUCAGUCUCAUCGAUGUCUCGGCCGAGGUCGAGCACGGCCAAUUCCGCUUCCUCUUUUUGUACAACCGUUACAUGAACCCGCGGUCUGCCGGUCCCCGCGCCAUCGAGCACUGGGCACAGGCAUGCCAACGAUGUCUAGUCCAGAUAGCCACUGAAUUGCCCUCCGCACGGCGCCAGCUGACGCCCGCCGAUCUCCCACGCCUGCGCCUGAGCUCGGGGCAGUGGGAUGUAUUCGUCCGCCAGGUCCUGGAUCCCUUGGCCCAGCGCCGUAUCCAGGUCGUGGAUGCGUACCCAUGCACGCCGAUGCAGCAGGGCAUGCUCGCCUGCCAGGUCGUCUCGCCCACGGUCUACCUGAACCGUCUGCUGUGGCGGGUCGCGGCCGACGGAGAUAUCGAUAUCCCACGACUGUCGCUUGCAUGGCGGCAGGUUGUGGAGCGACAGCCUCUCCUCCGGACCAUUUUUGCGACAGGGCCCGGGGAGAACCUGGUCCAGGUAGUUGUCCACGGCAUGGACGCGAGCAUUGCUCUUCUCGAGCUCCCACCCCGUCGCGAUCCCUUGCAGGCCCUCGAAGACUUCCGGCAGCCCUGGAGCCCGUCGCCCAUGGACCUCCCCCACCGUCUAACCAUCUGCUAUGCCACCACCGCCACCGGACAGACCCAAGUGGCCUGCCUGUUAGACGUGGCGCACACGAUCAUCGACGGCGCAUCCCGACAGGUGCUCUUCAACGACCUUCGUUCCUGCUACGCCGUCGAUAGUCGUCCCAGUCGCGAGGCUCCCGCAGGCCGACUCGACCACGUCUUCCCCUCGUACAUCGACUGCCUCGACGCGCGAGCGGCCAGCAGCGCCGGCGCAUACUGGGAGGAGUAUCUCGAGGACGCCUCUCCCUGUAUUUUCCCCCCACAGUGCCCCAAGACGCAGUCCGAAGCAGUGGCCACGCGCAUCAUCGGCCACCUCACUACCGCAUUCCCCGCCACGACACACCCGCUCCUCCGCUUCUGUCGACAGCAUGGCCUCACGCAGGCAACGGUGCUCCAACUGGCAUGGGCCCUAGUGCUCCGCGCCUACACGCAUCAGAACGACGUCUGUUUCGGCUUCCUCACCGCCGGCCGGGACCUGCCCAUCGCCGGCAUCCAGGACUCCGUCGGCCCGUUCAUCAACAUUCUGUGCGCCCGGUUUCACAUCCCCAAUGGGUUCGACUCGGCCCCGGACUCUCUCCUCGCCCUGCUCGAACAGCGACAGGCCGAGGUGACGAGCUGCAUGCAACACCAAUGGGCGCCGGUCGUGGACAUCAGUCGUCGGGUGGCUCGCAGCGCGCAGACCCACGCGCAGACCCUCUUCAACACCGCCAUGUCCGUUCAGCGGGAUAUUGCGACAGAGGAAUACCAACUGCCCACCUCCACGUUGCACUACACGGAUUUCACAUCCGAGGCCCCUACCGAGUACCCCAUCCUCCUCAACAUAUCGCUGCGAGAGCAUGAAAUCGCCCUUUCGCUAGAUUACCACCUGAUGGAAUUUUCCCCGGCGUUUGUGGAAUCGCUACUGGAGAGAUUCUGCGGGGCUAUCGAUCUCAUAACGGGGGGGAGCUGAGCGUGGCUGCAGCCAACUUACUCACUACCUGCAGGAACUGGGUGUCGUUCUUUCCCUUGCCUGGCUGUACCGCAUAGGCCGGGGAAGGGUGGAAUCUAUCGAUCUGCCUUUGGCGAUGAUCAGUCGUUGAUGCUUCAUAGUGGGCUGAAGAUACAGUUCUGAUCUGGGGGCAGAGGUGACCGGUCGACAGAAUUAGUGGCAUCUUUCGAUGGAAGGCAUGCAGCGAUAGAUGUGUUUAUUCCAAGAGAAUGGAC